AAAUACCCAAUGAAAAGGAUAAGAAGCAAAGUGAAUUACAGAGUAGUGGUGAUCAACAUCAAUGGCCGAUCAUAAUCCAAAUGUUCGAGUGUUCGACAAUGAGGAAGCAGUUGCCGUCUCCCUGGCGAAAUACAUCUCCGAUUUAUCGGAGAAAUUUGUGAAACAGAGAGGUCUUUUCACCGUUGUCUUGUCCGGUGGCAGUCUCAUCCACACUCUUCGAAAAUUGACUGAAUCUCCAUAUGUGGAGUCAGUGGAUUGGGAAAAGUGGCAUGUGGUUUGGCUAGAUGAGAGAGUUGUCCCCAAGACUCAUGAUGAUAGCAAUUAUAAGCUGGCUUAUGAUGGGUUCUUAUCAAAGGUAAAGAUUAACCCAGAUCAUGUGUAUGCUAUAAAUGACACUCUAUCAACAGAGGAUGCUGCUGAUGAUUAUGAGGCUUCCAUGAAGUCUUUGGUGGAGAAAAAUAUAGUAAGAACAUCGGAGAUAAGUGGGUUCCCGAAAUUUGACCUUAAUCUUAUGGGCAUGGGUCCAGAUGGGCAUGUGGCUUCUCUAUUUCCAGGACACCCCCUCCUUAAGGAAGAGAAGCGAUGGGUGACAUUCAUCAAGGACUCUCCCAAACCACCUCCUCAAAGGAUCACCUUCACAUUCCCUGUUAUCAACUCUUCUGAUUGUAUUGCAAUGGUUAUCACUGGGCCGGAAACUGCUAAGGCUGUGGGCAUAGCAUUGGGGUGUGGAAAGAAUGAGAAUGGUUUGCUUCCUGUUCAGAUGGUUGCACCUGAAGGGGAACUUGUUUGGUUUUUGGAUAAGGACACUACUUCUCAACUAUGAAGUAGACAAGAAAAAGUUGGGUUAUUAACUUAAAUUAGCAGGCAUCAUUGCAAGCUUUGAUGGUGUUAUUGUUUUGUUAUUGAAUCAACUUGUCUUAAUAAUAAUAAUAUUAAUCCAACCGUAUUGUGAUUUCUCAAACCACAAAGUGGACACAAUUUGAACUUGGCGUUAAAUAUGUUUUAGAAAUGGGAUUAAACCCAAAAACAUCUUCAAACAUUUCUUCAA